GCGCCAUCAGCAAUGGCAUUACAUAGUAAUUGUGAAUUAUUGUGAUUUUAUUUAUAGUUGUAAAAAUAUUUAUUGUUCAUAGUGAAUAUUUGAAUUAGGUAUGUCAGUUCGAUUAUUUAAUAUUCUUAUCAAGUCGGUGCGGAUUGUGUGUCUAUCAAGACAUAUAAACUUACGAGCAGAUUUAAGGCAGUUUUCCACAAUGGCGGAUGUUGCUUCGGAAAAAAUUGCAAAUAUCACAGAAACUGACAAAGAUGUGGAAAACAAAAUUGAAGAAAUAGUCGGUGACAAGAGCAGAACUAGGUACAACAGACGAAAGCAGAAGCGGAAAUGGGAGGACCCUGAUCCUAACAAAAUUGAUGGAGAAAGUGACGAGAAAAAAUUGUGUGAUAAACCAUUCGAGAGAAUCAAAAAGAAAAAGAUGGCAAUGUUGCUUGGCUACUGCGGAGUCAACUAUUACGGCAUGCAAAGAAAUCCAGGAGUGCCGACGAUUGAGGAGGAUUUGCUUAAAGCGUUACUGGACGCCAAAUACAUCACAGAAGAAGAUUUUGCCAACCAACAGAACGCGCAGUUUCAGAGAAGCUCGCGGACGGAUAAAGGUGUCUCAGCGGCGAGGCAGGUCGUCUCGCUCAAACUACCUCUGGAAGUAGACGUAGAGGAGAUAAACGCGAGAUUACCGCCGUGCAUUAAGGUGUUCAGCGUGAAGCGAGCGACCAACAAGUUCAACUCCAAGUCGAAGUGUAACGCGCGCACGUACAGCUACACCCUGCCCACGUACGUGUUCGAGCCCGCCAUCACGAGGGUGGAAGACAGGAAGGCGUACCGGAUUACGGCCGAGAAACAUUCCAAAGUGAACGAAGUACUGGCGGCCUACAAGGGAACUAAAAACUACCACAACUUCACUGAAAAAAAGUAUUUUCAAGAUCCAUCCGCUUUAAGAUAUAUGAUGAGUUUCACUUUGGAAAGAGUUUUCAUGGAAUCUGAAAUGGAAUUUGCAGAGUUGCUAGUAAAGGGUCAGAGUUUUAUGUUGCAUCAAAUUCGAAAAAUGGUUGGGCUCAUGAUCGCAAUUGUUAGAAACCACACCGAUAUUUCGAUAUUAGACAAAGUGUUUAGUAAAGAAAAGGUUAUGAUCCCUACUGCUCCAGGCUUAGGGCUGGUCCUAGAUAAGGUACAUUACGAACGUUACGGCGCGCGUUAUAAAGAGAGCCACGACACUCUGGAUUGGGAUGACCAGGACGAAGCAGUGCAGAGGUUUAAACAUGAACAGAUCUUUCCUAAUAUAAUCAAAGGUGAAAUCGAAGACAACUCAAUGGGUUUGUGGCUCGAGAAAAUGAAAGGACAUUCUUAUGAGCCGAGUGAUGAAAGUGAAAAGAACGAUGUAAGUGAUACUAAAAAUAUAAAUUCGUUUGAUGACGAUCGGGACGAUGAUAUAGCGCAAAAAGAUUCCGUGCAAGUUUGUGAUGGUGUCGUGUCACUCGAUGGCGAUACACUUAUUGAAAAACAGGAGUAGUAUAAGGUAAAUAUAGUGCGGUCUGUCAGAAAGUAGAGAAUAACUAGAAGCUGAUGUACAAUAUUUUUAGUCCUUAUAAUGAUGUUGUAAUAAAGACUAAUACAUGUA